CGAAGAAUAUCAAAGCGCAUCAGCCAGCGGAUAAACCCGGAAAAAGAGAAAGAUGAGUGCGGCGUUUCAGUGUUUAUCGUGUGCGCGGACUGAACCUUUCCUCCUCAGACCAGCCCAAUCCCUCACUCUCCCUUUCCAACGAAAACCAUUUUUCUGCUCUCUUCCUCUUUCCUCUCGCGCUCGUAACCUCUCUUCUUCAAUCGUCGCUGCUUCUUCCAAAAAGAAAAAAAACAAGAAAAAACUGUCUCGUCAUCAUGUUACCGAGGGCGGCGAGGAGGACAUGGACGCGUUUGAGCUUCUCUUCAACCAACUCGAACAAGAUCUCAAACGCGGUGAUUUGUCAGAUGAUGAUGGCGAAGAUGGGAUAACGGAAGAAGAGAUGGCAUUGCUUGAACGUGAGCUGGAAAAUGCCUUGGGGGACUUCGAUGCUGAAUUGUUGAACUCGGAUGUAAUCGACGUAGAACUUGGUAGUGGUCCAGAGAAUGAUGACGAGGAUGGUGAUGGUGAUGAUGCUGAGAAUCAGGAUGGAGAUGAAAACCCAGUGAACCUUAAGAAUUGGCAGAUGAAGAAAUUGGCCAGAGCUUUGAAAGCCGGCCGCCGCAAAACAAGUAUAAAAAAUCUUGCUGCCGAUCUUUGUCUUGAUAGGGCUCUUGUUCUUCAGUUACUUCGUGAACCUCCUCCAAAUCUCUUAAUGAUGAGUCUUACUAUACCUGAUGAACCUGCAACGACAGUAGUAUCACUUGAAACUAAGCCCAGUGAGAUUCUCCUUCAAGAAACAAGUAUUGAUCAAGUUGAAUCUGAACCCGAGGCUAAAGUACCUGUUCAUACCUUGCAACGUAAUUGGUAUGCUCAAAAGCGAUUGAAGAAGGUCCAUGUUGACACUCUGGAGAGAGUUUAUAGGAAAUCAAAACGACCUACUAAUGCAAUGAUCAGCAGCAUUGUACAUGUAACAAACAUUCCUCGAAAAAGAGUUGUUAAGUGGUUUGAAGACAAACGUGCUGAGGAGGGAGUUCCAGAUCAUCGUCUUCCUUACCAGCGCUAUGUUCCUGAGACGGCUUGAAGAUAUUUUUUCUAUGGUUCUGUUUUUGUGCUGUAAGAUCUGACAAAUUUUACAAUUGUAUAGAAUAUACAUAUAUAUUUAUAUAUAUACAUAUAUAUUUAUAUAUA